GCCCAUAUUCCUCUUUUAGCUUGUUUGCGUUUACAUCAAGCAAUUGGAUUCCAAUUUGGGAUCCGAAUUCCGAUUGAUUUUGCCGUCCAAUUUCAGAUGACACCGGAGUAACUUCCCUCUGCCGUUUAAUUUUUUUAAUCUCCGGCGAAAUUGAACUCCAGGUUGCUGAAAAGUUGUAUAACAUGGGUGAUGCAAUUGAUUUAACUGGAGAUGGAGGUGUUAUGAAAAAAAUUGUGCAACGAUCCAAACCUGAUGCUAUUGCUCCCUCAGAGAGUCUUCCUCUUGUUGAUGUUCAUUAUGAAGGCACUCUUGCUGAUACUGGUGAAGUAUUUGAUACUACCCGUGAAGACAAUACAAUUUUCUCCUUUGAGAUAGGCACUGGUUCUGUUAUUAAGGCUUGGGAUGUUGCACUGAGGACCAUGAAGGUUGGUGAAGUAGCUGUAAUUACCUGCAAGCCAGAGUAUGCCUAUGGAAGUGCUGGGUCCCCACCCGAUAUCCCCCCUGAGGCAACCCUUGUUUUCGAAGUUGAGCUGGUGGCUUGUAGACCACGUAAAGGUUCUAGUGUCAGCAGUGCUUCAGAUGAAAGGGCUAGGCUGGAGGAACUAAAGAAGCAAAGAGAAACGGCAGCUGCAGCUAAGGAGGAAGAGAAGAAGAAGAGAGAAGAAGCUAAGGCCGCAGCAGCUGCUCGUAUCCAAGCCAAGCUUGAAGCAAAGAAAGGAAAAGGUAAGGGCAAAGCUAAGUAAAAAUCGCUACGCAUUUAUAAUAUAUUUACAUACUAUAUACUAGUAGCAUAUACUCAGACGUAUAGAAAUACCUGAUGGUGUUAAAUAUGCUAAACUCGUAUGCUUUUUUGCUUGAUAUUUCUAAGCUUUCAUAUCGUUAUAAGUUACCAUUAUGAUAGCCAAAAUGGUUGGAAUGGGUUACCUCA